GGUGCCUGUACACAGCCUAUUGUUAGUUGGUGCUGUUGGGGUGUCCCUGAGCAUGUUCUUCAUCCCUGUUUGCGGCAACCUGGCCUCGCUCAUCAUAGUUCUCAUCAUCAUGGGCUGGUGUAUGGGAUGUCUGGACUGUCUGGCCAACCUACAGAUCAUUCAGAUGUUUGGCAAAAACGUGGGGCCUUUUCUACAGGCCAUACAUUGCUCCUAUGGUAUCGGUGCUUUCAUCAGCCCGAUGAUUGCAUCAGCGUUUCUGCUGAACAGAGACUGCACGCCUUACAUCGACGGCUUCACCAUCGAGACCCCUACAUACGAAACCAGUUCCUAUAAUGAUUCUAGCGAACACCUGACAAUGAUGACACUACAUAUUCCACCACAGCCUCAACGCGUGUUCAGAUACCGUCACAUGAGCAAACUUCCCAAAGCUUUCUACAUUCUUGGCGGCUUGCAGCUUGCCAUUGCCGCCCUUGUUGCCUACGUGAUAUUCCAAGAGAAGCUCGGAAAGCUGAAGCCUCGAUAUGUAACAACAGAUCACCAUGACAGCAGUCACGCGUUGCCAAGUUCUAAAG